AUGGCCCUUCUAACACAACGCAGGGACAUGCAAAACUGUUUCCGCGAAUACCCCGAAGUCUACGGUUCAGAGCUCGACUCCGACGCCGAUGACGAAGACGACAUGACCGCCGCCCCCGAAACUCCAUCCGACCCCUCCAGUGCGCAACAAGAUUCCUCAUUACAACCCUCCACCAAUGACCACGCCGCCUCAGCUAAGGGAAAAUUCUCUGGUGAACGCAACUCGAAACCACACACACCACAAAACAGCCUCGUUCCCGAAGAGUACAAGCCAAACGCCAAGCACAACCCCGUCAACGACGCAAGGGGAGAUAUGAGCAGCCUGGAUAGCGAGAAGGAGAAGGAGAAGAGCAAGCAGAAGCCAAAGGGCGAGAGCGAUACCGAGAGGGCGAACAAGGCGAGGGCACAGGUCAAGAGCCAGGAGCCUGUUAGCGAGAGCGAGAGUAUGGUGCCCAAGGCUAGUCAUGACGCGAGUGAGAAGGGAACAGGGAAGCUGGAGAGGAAGUAG